CAUUGGGCUUUUCUCAAGAAUAGCAGAGACGACCUGAGGUAGAAGAGGAGGCGGAUCGGCCCUUGGACAAUUCGUCGCCAUGUUCCGCCUCAUGAUGAGCCAUGCUAAAAAACACCCAAGCUUGGUUCCUCUUUUCCUGUUCAUUGGUGCUGGAGGAACUGGUGCAGCCUUGUACCUCUUGCGUCUGGCUGUUUUCAAUCCUGAUGUUUGUUGGGACAAGAAGAAUAAUCCAGAGCCUUGGAACAAGCUGGGACCCAAUGACCAGUACAAGUUUGUUGCAGUUAACAUGGACUACAAAAAGCUGAAAAAAGAAGGCCCAGACUACUGAAGAACAAACUUACUCCCUUUACAAGCUGCACAAAAUGAAGGUCCUUAGGUCUUCCGGAAGCUAUCCGCACAACUCAUUCGCUUAAUCAUCCAGGAAAUACUGAAUUUUGUUGCACAUGGCACUUCAAUCAUGUUCUGGAAAAGAGCUUAUUGGGGCUUAAUAAAAUUGUGAACUUGAAAUCUUAAUACUGUCAUCUUUUGUGAAACAAGAAUUUCUAGACAUGGGCAUUUGCGUAAAAUAUGUGAUCGCUGAUUCAAAAUACAAUUUAGCUAAAAUGCUUAUGUGAACUAUGAGUGAAAAAUAAGGUUUCCUCCCCCCAAAUUAAAACCAGCUACAAAAAGUA